UAACUCCUCCAAUGGUAGCGCUAUAAAAGGCAGCGCAUCCGCAAAACCCUAGUUCUUUCUUCCACCUGCCGUCGAUAGUCGCUGCAUUGGUAAACAAUCAAUCCUCUGCGAUCAGCUUCGAAUCUUCUCAUUGUAAUGGCUCCAAAACAGCCAAAUACUGGCCUCUUUGUGGGGUUGAACAAAGGUCAUGUUGUAACCAAGAAAGAAUUGGCUCCGCGCCCGUCUGAUCGGAAAGGGAAAACUAGCAAAAGAGUCCACUUUGUGAGGAACCUGAUCAGAGAAGUUGCUGGGUUUGCACCAUACGAGAAGAGAAUUACUGAGCUGCUUAAAGUUGGGAAAGAUAAGCGAGCUUUGAAAGUGGCUAAGAGGAAGCUGGGUACACACAAGAGGGCAAAGAAGAAGCGUGAGGAGAUGUCUAAUGUCCUCCGCAAGAUGAGGUCUGCUGGAGGAGGAGAGAAGAAGAAGUAAAGCAGCUAUUUACUAUCUUUGUACGUCUUUAAGUAAAAAUGUGAAAUUUCACAUCUGGAGUUUGAGUAGUCAAAUGUUUGUUUUCCUUUGCUACAUUGUUUGUUAAAGCCUUCAGUUAUGCUGAGACUCAAUUUUCUUCCAAUCAAGAAAUAGGAAACUGCUUUAUUUUUCCUUUA